AAGGGACUUUUAUUUUGAAACGUGCAACUUCCGGAUGACGUCCGUGUUUACGAUUGAACGCGUUUGCGUUGCAUUUCAAAACAAUCACGAUAAUAUCUUCCAGUCAGAGAUUUAUUUACAGCAAAUGAUUACUGCUAUGUCCUGCUUCACUCGUCACGUAAGACUUUUAGUAAUGUGAAAGUGAGCAUCUCAGCACAAUGGACACCGUCAGGAUUGCAGCAGAAUGGCAGCGCUGUAGCUUUGUCUCCUGGAGUGACAUGGGAGGAUAACAAACUGUUUGCUGAUGUGGGGGAGGCUACUUUGUUUUUGGGUGCUCUGGAUUCAAUCUUUCUCUUCUCUUAUGCUGUGGGUUUGUAUAUCAGCGGAGUGAUGGGUGAUCGGUUCAACCUCCGCUAUGUUCUGUCAUUCGGUUUAUGUGGAUCAGCAAUCACGGAAUUUAUUUUUGGCACUUUGACAGAAUGGCUUCACUUUUAUAAUGUGUACUUUUAUUGCGUUUUGUGGGUGAUAAAUGGACUGCUGCAAUCUACAGUUUGGCCCUGUGUGGUCGCCAUCAUGGGCAACUGGUUUGGGAAAUCUGGCCGAGGCUUUGUGUUUGGACUCUGGAGUGCAUGUGCAUCCGUGGGGAAUAUUCUGGGUGCGUUUCUUGCCUCCAGUGUCCUGAAGUACGGCUAUGAGUAUGCUUUCCUCGUGACAUCAGUGGUGCAGUUUGCGGGUGGUGUGGUGGUGUUUUUUGCCCUGCUCACAUCCCCGAAAGAAAUUGGACUAAGUGACCCCUCUGAGACAGGUCUGAGAUCAGUGACAAGAGACUCAGACAGUCAGCGUCCUCUGAUGAGUGAUGAUGAAGAUGAGUUAUGUGAGGAAUACUCCUCCAUUCAGCAGCAGGAAGAGGAACCUGAACCACAGCCCAAAGCCAUCGGCUUCCUACAGGCCUUCUGCCUGCCUGGAGUCCUUCCCUAUUCCCUGGCUUAUGCAUGUCUGAAGCUGGUCAACUACUCUUUCUUCUUCUGGCUGCCAUUUUAUCUCAGCAAUAACUUCGGCUGGAAGGAAGUUCAGGCCGACCGACUAUCUGUGUGGUAUGAUGUGGGAGGAAUUGUUGGAGGAACAGUACAAGGCUUGAUCUCCGAUCUUUUGGGAAAGCGAGCUCCUGUGUUGGUAGUCAGUUUGCUGCUGGCCAUGGGAGCAUUAGUGGGAUACAGCCACUCUCCAAAUGACCAGAUAGUGAAUGGAGCUCUAUUAGCAACAACAGGUUUCCUUAUUGGAGGCCCAUCAAACAUGAUCAGUUCAGCAAUCUCUGCAGAUUUAGGCCGACAGGAGGCGCUGCAGAAUAGUCAGCAGGCUCUGGCCACAGUCACAGGAAUCGUGGAUGGCACAGGCAGCAUUGGAGCUGCGGCGGGACAGUACCUGGUGUCGCUUAUUGAGAGCAAAUUUGGAUGGAUGUGCGUCUUCUAUUUCUUCAUAGUCAUGACAGGGUGCAGCGUGCUCUUCAUCAUUCCACUCCUCUUCCGUGAAAUCCGCUCCUUAUGCCGAGACAGUCAAGCUCGUACACAUCAGCUCUGAGGUCAUUCGGGUGACUUCUUUUGCCUGAAUCUUCAUUGAAAAUCUGACAUUUUGAAAAUACAGACUUGCUUUUGUAGCACCUCUUAUUUAAGAUUUUUUUUUUCUCGAAAACAGAAACCUCACAUUUAGUCUGGCUACUCUACAUCAAGGCAUUGUUCAGACAGGCAGCAAAUCUGUCUUUAUUUUUCCUGGAUUCUAAGUCUGAUCAGCAAACAAGAAUAAACCUAUCUUCAAGUAAUUUCAUUUAUGAAGACAGUGAAUGUUGCUUAAGGUCUGUUUCUGUUUUAUUUCUGUGUAUUGCUGUGCCUGUGUUUUUUUUUUUUUUUUUUUUUUUACCAUUUGUUUUUUAAAUUCUAAUUUUAUUAUUGUUAGAGGGCAGGACCCUCUUGAGUUUAAUUCAUGGUGAUUGUAGCCUGAUUGAUUUGUUGUAUCGAAUGGUUGCUUGAACUGAAGAAGUAGAUUCAUAGCAUCAUCGUUGGGUUAUAAUUUGUGUUAAAUUUGCACCAAUUUUUAAAUUCACACUAAAAACACUCAGUUACACUUUAGUAUCACAUAUGUUAAGUGUAUUAUGGGAUGUUUAAAUGUAACACCAGUUCAGCAAUUUGAUGUUUUGUUUCAACUAUUGGAACCUGUACAGAUAUUGCUCGAAUGUUUGAAUUAUGUGAUCCAUUGUUCCUGCAUAUAUACCCGUAUAAGUAAUAAUAAAUUCAGGCAAACAACAUGUCUUCAUUGAUUUAACAAAUUAGAGUAAAUCAAUGAUUCAGUCAAGGAUUGAUUAACAGAGCUUGACUGUUUUUACUGAGCUGUAUGUCAAUGUUAACAAAUCAGUAAAGUGCACAUAC